UAUCACUCUAUAAAUAUCGCCACAGACAAAUGAAAAUCCUGAGUGAUUUCCAGCAGUGAAGGGAAGACAUCAAGAUGACUACGGCUUUAGUUGUGGUUCUCGCGCUGUUCGCAGGUGUGUGCUAUGGAGAAUACAUUACUCCUAGUGGACGGAUUGUGGGAGGUGAACCCACCACCGUUGAACGCUACCCCAACAUCGUUCAAGUGGAGUUCUUGGGUGUAUGGACCAACAACUGGGCCCAGAGCUGCGCUGCUAACAUCCUGACCUCGAGAUACCUGGUGUCUGCUGCCCAUUGCUUCGACGGAAUAUUCUACGAGGUUCAUCGUCGUCGCAUCAGGGCUGGCACCACCCAACGCAACACUGGCGGUCAAGUGAUCAACGUCCUCCGCGAAAUCAACCAUCCUUCUUACGGAGUUGCAAGCACAUACGACGGUGACAUCAAUCUAGUGGAGCUAGUUUCUCCUCUCUCUUGGAACCCAGUUAUUCAGCCUGGUAGCAUCAUCUCUCAGGGCUUCGUUUUCCCAGAUAACACUCCCGUAGUCCACGCCGGUUGGGGUGCCAUUUCUCAAGGAGGACCUACGUCUCCCGUUCUUCUUGACGUGACGAUUUACACGAUUAACCAAGAGCUCUGCACUCAGCGUUAUGCCGACUUGCGUCCUUGGCCUCAAGUGGUGACCAGGAACAUGAUCUGCGCCGGCAUCCUCGACGUGGGCGGCAAGGACGCCUGCCAGGGCGACUCCGGCGGCCCACUCUAUUACAUAGACAAUUAUCAUAACAUUCUGGUGGGAGUGGUGUCCUGGGGCCACGGCUGCGCCAACGAGACCUACCCCGGCAUCAGCACCGCCGUCUCCCCUUACACCGACUGGAUCGUCGCGAAUGCUGUUUAAAUACAAUAUUAAAUAUCAAUAAAUUGGAUUUAUUACAUU